AUGUCAACUGUCAACCUUUUCAAGCCCAUCAAGAUCGGAGCCACCCAGCUCCAGAACCGAGUUGUUAUGGCUCCUUUGACUCGAACUCGAGCUCAAAAGAACAUUCCUUCCGAUCUUGCUGUCGAGUACUACAAGCAGCGAGGAUCAUCUCCCGGAACUCUUCUGAUUUCCGAGGCCACUUACAUCCAUCCUUCUUCUGGCGGAGGAGGAUUCGGUGCGGAGACAGUUCCCGGUAUCUGGAACGAUUCUGCCAUUGUUGCUGGAUGGAAGAAGGUGAUUGAUGGUGUCCAUUCUGAAGGCUCCAAGAUGUACAUUCAGCUGUGGGACAUUGGCCGAGUUGCCGACUACGAAAUUCUGUCCAAGAACGGCUACGAUCUCACCGGUCCUUCUGCCAUUGCGCAGGCCGGUGAUGAGGAGGGCGCCAAGCAUGUUCGAGCUCUGACCAUCCCCGAGAUCAAGCAGAAGGUCCAGCGAUACGUCGAUGCUGCAAAGGCUGCUCUGGAGGCCGGUGCCGAUGGUGUUGAGGUCCACUCUGCCAACGGUUACCUGCCCGAUCAGUUCAUCCACUGGAACUCCAACCACCGAACCGACGAGUACGGAGGAUCCAUUGAGAACCGAGCUCGAUUCACUCUCGAGAUUAUUGACGCUGUUUCUGCCGCCAUUGGCGCUGACCGAGUUGGCGUUCGAUUUUCUCCCUGGACCACUUUCCAGGACAUGGAGGUGAGCGAGGAGAAGACUCUUCCCCAGUUCAAGUACCUGUUUGAGCAGCUGGAGAAGCGAGGAGUCGAGGACGCGUCCAAGCGACUUUCCUACAUCCACGUCAUCGAGCCCCGAGCCAACGGUAUCUUCGACAUGACUCCCGAGCCCUGGCAAUCCAACGAGCCCUUCCGAAAGAUCUGGACCGGCAACCUCAUUCGAGCCGGAGGUUUCAACCGACAGCUUGCUAUUGACACCGCCCAGGAGGACGACAAGACUCUGAUUGCCUUUGGCCGACGGUUCAUUGCCAACCCCGAUCUUGUCUACCGACUCGAGAAGGAUCUUCCUCUCACCAAAUGGGACCGAGACACCUUCUACGUCCCUGGACCCAAGGGAUACACUGACUACCCCUUCUAUAAGGACCAGCUGGAGCAGGAUCAGGAGCUGAAGCAGUAA